AUGCGCCGAGUCGUCGUGACUGGCCUAGGUGCCAUCACCCCCUUGGGCACCAACAUUGCCCGUACCUGGACGCGCCUCCUCGCCGGCGACUCUGGCCUGACUAGCGUCCUCGAGCGCUUCCCCUCGGAUCCGCGAUGGCGAGAGCUCACAAGUACUGUCGCGGGCCUCGUGCCCGAGGGCAAGGAUGGGUGGGUCGCGGACGACUGGUUGGACAAGAUUGAGCAGAGGCGCAUGUCAAGGUUCACGCAGUAUGCCCUGGCGGCGGGCGAGAUGGCACUGAAGGAUGCCAAGCUGGAGGGCAUGAGCAGCGAGACAAAAGAAGAGACGGGGGUCUGUCUGGGUAGUGGCAUUGGGAACCUGGAUGAGAUGUACGAGACCAGUCUUGCUCAUCAAUCGGGAGGCUACAAGAAAGUCUCACCACUCUUCGUCCCCAAGAUCCUGAUCAACAUGGCUGCUGGGCACAUUGCCAUCAAGUACGGUCUCCACGGCCCCAAUCACGCAGCCACCACGGCCUGCACGACAGGUGCUCAUUCCAUCGGCGACGCAGCGCGCUUCAUCGCCUUGGGCGACGCCUCCGUCAUGGUCGCCGGCGGAUCAGAGUCGUGCAUCCACCCACUUACCUUUGCUGGCUUUGGCCGGGCACGAUCGCUCUCGACGGCAUACAACAAUGACCCGUCCGGGAGCUGCCGCCCGUUCGACAAGGGACGAAACGGCUUCGUCGUGUCCGAGGGCGCGGCCGUCUGUGUCCUCGAGGAGCUGGAGCACGCCCGGGCCCGCGGCGCGAGGAUCUACGCCGAGGUCAGGGGCUAUGGCUGCAGCGGCGACGCGUACCACAUGACCGCGCCGCGCGAGGACGGCCACGGGGCCUUUCUGGCCAUGAAGAGGGCGCUGCGCAACGCGGGGAUCCGACCGGCCGAGGUGGGUUACAUCAACGCGCACGGCACAGGGACGCAGGUGGGGGACGUGGCCGAGGCCAUGGCCAUUCGACGCCUCAUGCUGGGCGAGGAUGGCGUGCGGAGGGAGUCGGACGUGACGGUCAGCAGCACCAAGGGUGCCCUGGGCCACUUGCUCGGCGCUGCUGGCGCCAUCGAGGCCAUGUUUGCCAUACUUGCUCUCCACGAGGGAGUGGUGCCAGCGACAGCCAACCUAGAGCAGCCGGAUGUCGGAGUCGCCUUCAACUUUGUGCCCAAGGCUGCGCAGUACAAGAAGAUGGACGUGGCCGUGUCCAACAGCUUUGGGUUUGGGGGUACCAACAGCUCGCUGGUGUUCUCCAGGCUGAUCUGA